GUUUGCGGCGAAGAAAAGUGACCGAAAGUUUCGAGAUGAGCGGCAGGGACGGAGAGCGAGGGGGAAAGGAGAGCGAGGCAGUGGACAUCCGGCCGAAGCUGCAGCGGAGGAAGAGCAUGUGCUCCGACGACGUGUACAAGGCGAUCUACAGCACCUCGCCGUUGGAGCGGCGGGCGUCACUGGAGAAGUCGAUGGAUCACUUCCUGCGCUGCGACUCGAGG